AUGGACUACAUUAAGUACAACCCAGAAACUGAAUCCUUGCUAAGAGCACAAUAUGAGAUGGAAGUUGAUAACCAUGAGCUUGAUUUUGGUACAUUGAAUAAUUUAACUCAUUUUGAAUCUUUAAAUCACCAAGUAAUCGAACCUCAGCCAAUGGAAGACUUGGUGGAGGAAAUUACAGUUGACAUGAGUAAAGUCAAGCUCAGUACGAGAAAAUAUAAAAAUUAUGGAGCAGACCAGAUAGAAAGAUCCAUCAAAGUACUCCAAGAAGAGGGAUUAUCUGUCCCUAAAGCGACUGCGGUAUACGGCAUACCUCGUUCAGGUGCUUAUAGGCUUUUGGACGAGUUUAAUAGUUGUGACGGGCACGUACUUCCAGGCACAACAGUUAAACCAAAAACUGUCAAACCUAAAAAUUUUUUCCAGGGACAUACCGAAUUCUUGAUUGUUCUUUUUAAUAAAAAUCCAUCGAUUGUCCUUGAAGAAGCCAGAUCGCAGUUAUUAAGCAACUUUCCAGAAAUAGGUGACAUUACUAUUUCAAGUCUCUACACUCAUAUUCGAGAGAAAUGUUUUGAGUCUCAAGCAAGCGAGCAAAUACACUGCAGAAAGAGAUUCACAAAGGUCUUUAAAUCUUUGAUACCAUAUGAUUACAGUGGAAAGCAGUAG